AUGAGUGACAAUGAGCUAGAUAAAGCCUAUCAUAAUCUGGGUAUGGCAGCAGAGACUCUUUCAGUAGCAAUAGGUCUUGAAGAGAAGGAUAAAAAGUUAGUAAUGGGUGGUAUCGAUGUUGAUGGUGGUCUUAGUAGUGGUAGAGGGUUAAUAGGGAAAUACCCUAUAGGUUGGGAGGCUAGGAUCAUACAUAUGGAGGAAAAGGAUAGGGUACAUAAAGAGAAGAUGAGAGCUGAACAAAAGGAAAGGGAGAAGAGGAUAUUGGCACGAUAUGAACUAGAGAAGGAGAAGAAAGCAGAAUGGAAGAAGACUAUGUUGAAGUCAGUUGAAGCUAAGGAGAUUGCAUCUAGACAAGUACACUUUAAAUGGAGACAACAUCAUGUUGCUGCUUCCAAUCCUACUACUAGAGUAGUAGGAAGAGGAGGAGGAGGAGGAGGUCGAGGAGGAGAACAACACCAGAUUGUUGAGUCUGGGAAGAAGGGGAG